CAGUAAACGUUGUAUAAGCACUAUCAAACGCGCACAGUUCAGUUCACCUCGUCGACUGUACUGGAUUAAAGAUGUCCCGGGCUGCAGACAGACUGAAAGUGGUUUUGAAUCAUCUGGACCGGUCUCACAGUGCUGUCCGAGCGUCCUUCACUUCAGCACAAAAUGUGUCCUACCAUCAUCAUCCUCAAACCCUUCAAUACACUUUUGAUACGGAUGUCCUGACACAAGAACAGAGAAUCGCAUAUGAAGAAAAUGGGUUCAUACUCAUCCGAAAUUUGGUAUCUGAAGAGGAUAUUGACAAAUUCAGGAACGAGUUUGAGCGCAUCUGUAAGAGAGAGGUGACGGUGCCUGGUUUGACGGUAAUGAAAGAUGUUUCGAUCGCUAAAUCGGAGUUUGUUGAGGGUGAGAAGGCAGUGACCAAACUUCAGGAUUACCAAGAAGAUCCAGAGCUUUUCCGCUACUGCAUUUUACCUCAGAUCCUGAAAUAUGUGGAGUGUUUUACUGGACCCAACAUCAUGGCCAUGCACACCAUGCUCAUCAACAAACCGCCAGACACAGGUAAGAAGACCUCUCGCCAUCCUAUGCACCAGGACCUGCACUACUUCCCCUUCAGACCUGCAGAUCGUAUUGUGUGUUCCUGGACGGCUAUGGAGAAAGUGCACCGAGAGAACGGCUGCCUGGUCGUCCUGCCCGGCUCACACCGCGGCUCCCUGCAGGAACACGACUACCCAGAAUGGGAGGGUGGAGUAAAUAAGAUGUACCACGGGGUGCGGAACUACGACCCAAACCAUCCCAGAGUGCAUUUAGAGAUGGAGAAAGGAGAUACUGUGUUUUUCCAUCCUCUGCUGAUCCACGGCUCAGGAAUGAACCAAACAAAUGGAUUUCGAAAGGCCAUCUCCUGUCACUACGCCAGCGGUGACUGCUAUUACAUUGAUGUGAAUGGAACAACUCAAGAAAACAUUAGCAAUGAAGUGAAGGACCUUGCAUUUAGGAAGUACGGAGCUGACGAUUCAGUCACUUUCGCGGACACCUGGGCUAUACGAGGACGUCUGGUUCAAGGGGACAGGAUAUCAAUGUGAUCCGCCAAUGCAUCCACUCAGAAUGCCCAGAAGGUGGCACUGUAGGCACUUAAUUAAGGAGUCUGGGACGAUCAGUUCUCUACUAAUCUAAUGAUAACGAAAGCCAGACAUUGUAAUAUUAGCGUCUUCCUGUGGCAGAUUUAAAAGCAUUGGGAAUUCAUUGUCUUGGAUUAAUACUUCAGGUGUUCGUGAGAGCGUUUUUCCUGCAAGUGAUUAGCGAGUUAUGCUGUAGCACUUUGAUUACAAUUUGAGGAACAUGGGAAAGUAAAACUGAAAUGUUUUUAAUCAGCUUUAAUGUGGAAUGUAUACAUAUAAGCACUAGGUUUUUGCAAAUUGAAAUGAAGUUUUGGAAAGUAUCAAAGAAAAAGAGUUAAAAGACUCUUUUAGACAAAGUUAAGAGUUUUUAACUGGUUAUUCUGGAAUAUAAAAGGAAUUCAUAUAGUUUUGAUGAAUUUUAGAUUUAAACAUAAGUACACUGAGAAAUAGAGUUGUCACUGCGGUUGUACCCUUUUAAAAGGUAUAUUUUUGUACUUUUUAGGUACUAAUAUAUAACUUUAAGGUACUGAUACAGAUCCAUUAGGUGCUAACAUGUACCCUUUAAGUACAAAAAUGGGUAACACUAUUUUGAUGGUCCAUUCGAGUAUUAGUAGACUUAAUAUCUGUUGAUACUGCUGCUAAACAGACAUUUAAAUGCCUAUAAGAAACUUUGCAAGUGCAUGUUAACUUGCACGAACCCCAACCAUAACCCCAACUUAGUAGUCUACUUAUAAUCUAAUGACAGUUUGUUGGCAUGCAGAUGCAAUGUAACUUAAAUUCAACAAAUGGACCAUCAAAAUAAUGUGUGACCCAAAAGUGUACUUAUAAGUCAGCUCUUGUACAUUUAAUUCUGAAAAACAUUACAGGGUUUCUGCAGGUUUCACAAAGUCACAUUUAAAACUUUUUAAGACCAUUAUGAAUGAAAUUUCAGACUAAGACAGGGCUAAACACUAAGGAUUUAAGUUUACCUGCAGAAAAGAGGUUAACUUGCCCUAUCAAAAAAAUUCUAAUGAGUUAUUUCUCAGCCACUUACUUUAAAUAAUGUGUCUGAACAAGCAAACCCUUGUUGUAUACAUAAACAUUUUUAAUAUUACUUAAAAAACACUAUAAUAAAACUAAUUAUAAUCUAAAUGUAUGCACAACAGUCUGUCCAGAUCAGUGUCCUCACCACAUAUGGACUGUUAAUACAGGAGAACCUUUAAACUGAUGUUAAUGUGAGGAAGAACAUUAAACCAUUUUGAUAAAUAGAGCUAGAGUUAUAAGUUUUAUUGAGAUGGAUUGCUGGUGUCAGUCUGCCCGACUGCGUGGCUUUACAUGGACACAGGAAAAAUAAGACCUGUUUAAAAUGCUUUAAAAUAAUCUACAAGAUAAUAUUCCAAUGACAUUAAGACGUUUUAAGGCCUAAAAUUUAGUUUUUGAAAUUGAAGACAAGGCGGUUUUCUGCUAAGUGUGACACGGCUGGGAUGAGAAUUAGCAAGUCCAAGGCCAUGGUGCUCCACCGGAAAAAGGUGGUUUGCCAUCUCCAGGUUGGAGGAAAGUCCUUACCCCAGGUGGAGGGGUAUCUCGUGGCUUUGUUCACGAGUGAGGGAAGGAUGGAACGUAAGAUUGACAUGCGGAUCGGUGCAGCGGCAGCAGUAAUGCGCUCUCGAUUUACCGGUCAGUCUAUGUUCCUACUCUCACAUAUGGUCAUGAGCUUUGGGUCAUGACUGAAAGGACAAGAUCUCGGAUACAAGCAGCCGAAAUGAGCUUCCUUCACAGGGUGGCAGGGCACACCCUUAUAGAUUGGGUGAGGAGCUCUGUCACCCGGGAGGAGCUCAGAGUAGAGCCGCUGCUCCUCCACAUCGAGAGAAGUCAGAUGAGGUGGCUCAGGCAUCCGUUUCGAAUGUCUCCUGGACACCUACUUAGGGAGGUGUUCCAGGCAGGUCCCACCGGGAGGAGGCCUCAGGAAAGACCCAGGACACGCUGGAGGGCCUAUGUCUCUCGGCUGGCCUGGGAACGCCUCGGGAUCCCCCGGAGGAAGUGUCUGGGGAGAGGGAAGUCUGGGGUUCUCUGCCCCCUGGCCCCGGAAAAGCGGUUGAAAAUGAGUGAAUUUAAGACAUUUUAAAACCUUGCAGAAACCCUGCAUUAAGAGGCGACCUGAACGUUUCCUCAAUAUUUGUCUGUAGCUGUAUUUAAAGGGACAGUUCACCUAAAAAUGACAUUUCUUUGAUCAUUUACUCGUCUUUUACUUGUUUCACUAAUCAGUUUCUUUCUAUUGAGCAAAAAAGAGAUAUUUUGAAAAAUGCUAGAAAUCUGUAACCAUUAACAUAAUCCAUAGUCUUUGUUUUUCCUAUUACAGAAGUCAAUGAUUACAGGUUUUCAUUUCUCUUCGAAAUAUAUUAUUUAGUGUUUAAAAGAACAAAGAAGCUUGAUAGAGUAAAUAGUGAGUAAAUAAUUUUUUGGGGGGUGAACUAUAACAGUGGAUAGCACUAGUAAUUUUGCCUUAACAACACUACUUGUGUUAUGAUCUAAUAAGUUUCUACCGUAUAAUUGUGCAUAUUUUUAAUGCAAUAAACAUUUAUUUUCAAUAAA